AUGGGUCUGCACGCAUAUAACGACGACAUCGUUCAUCUGCUGCAACAACAACAACAACUCUUUGAACAGACGGGACUGCUGGAUACAAUAUCUGGUAUUGGAAAGCUUGACGCUGAUACACGGCGCAGGUGGAUUGAGCGCAGCAUGGGCAACGAGGCGCCCACACUGGAGGAAUUCUUCAAGUUCUUAGAUGAUCGUUGCUCAUGUUCUUGGCAAAAUCACAUCAACACUGGAAACACUGAUGUCUUUAGCGAUCUUCAACUCGCUGACUCGGAAUUCACCACAAGCGCUCCAAUUGAUGUUCUUUUGGGCGGUGAACACGUUUGGUCUACAAUCACAGGGAAAAAGUUGUAUGACAAUACGGGCAAACUCAUUGCAAUAUCAUCGGUUUUCGGAUGGGUCAUCAGCUCUAUAACGAUGCCCCAAGCUAACAACGCUUUCGCUUUGACAUCAUACAUCGAUGUUAACGCUUCGCUCCAGAGGUUUUGGGAGCUAGAGGACAUCAGUUCCACAACCAAAUUGGAACCUGAUGAUGAGCAGGUGGAGAAACACUUUCUCGCUACGCACACUCGAGAUGAAAAGGGGAAGUACAUCGUGGAACUUCCAUUCAAGGUCACUAAUCCUGAAUUGGGGGAUACUCUACAAGGAGCUCUUAAUCGUUUCCAAUCGGUGGAACGACGCUUACAACAAGAUGCAAAUCUAAGAGCAAAAUAUGUCAACUUUAUGGGGGAAUACUUCGAUUUGGGGCAUAUGCGCGAACUGCCACCAGAUGAAGUCAAUAAUGACCAACGCCGACAUAGUCAAGAUGUUUCGGCAGAUUUGGGUGAACAACAAACACCGCGACUUCCAGAGAAUUGUCUGGAGAGAAAGGCCAUCGGAUCCAAUCAAACACUAUCAACUAUGCACCGUCACUUAUGGCACCUCAUGUGCACAUUCCUGGCUGUUAGGGUAUUAGAGCAACUGGCUACUGAUCAUCAGCAGGAAUUCCCGAAUGCUGCAAGAAUCUUACAAGAGGAUUUUUAUGUCGACGAUGUGCUCACUGGGUCAAACAAUUUGGAUAUGCUACAACACAUUCAAAUAACCCGGUUGGUUGUCAACGACACCGACAACAUUGAAUUGCAUGGAUUCUCCGAUGCAUCUACGAAGGCAUCCGCUGCUGUAGUGUACAGCAGAGUAAUCAACAAGGAUGGCUCGAUUUCUACAUCGAUUAUGGCUGCGAAGUCUAGGAUGGCUCCGCUAAAGCAGCAAUCUCUGCCCCGCCUAGAGCUUUGCGCGGCACUUCUCCUAAGUCAACUCAUACGUUCGAUAAAGGCGGCACUUCGACAUCAAAAGGUCACGGUUUUUGCAUGGUGCGAUUCCACAAUCGUUCUCUAUUGGCUAUCAUACGCACCUUCUCGACUAAAGACAUUUGUUGGGAACCGAACUUCGGAAAUUCUGGACACCAUUCCAAGGCAUUAUUGGCGUCAUGUGGACUCCAAAUCAAAUCCAGCUGAUUGCGCAUCCAGAGGUCUCAUGGCUGCAGACCUAAAGGACUUUCAGUUGUGGUGGAAUGGCCCGUCAUGGAUACGUGACGUGGAUCAGUUUAUGGUAAGGUUAAACAACUCACAAGUCUGUUUGAAUAUUUCAGAAAAGAACAUAGAAAAGGAAGUCAAAAGCAAUUGUCUGACUGCAUUAGUAGAGGCAACUCCUGAUCAUCCACUUGAUCAUCUUGUUCAACGAGUAUCUUCAUGGUUGACGCUCGUUCACGCGGUUGGCUAUGUCCUUCGCUUUCUACGGCGCACGAAGGGUCCAUUUGGGGACAAGGGCUCAAACUGUCUUACGUUUGAGGAAAUCACCGCGGCACGCAUUGUAUGCUUGCGCCACGCGCAAACCUGCUUUCAGGAUGACUAUCAAUUGCUACUCGCAAAUAAACCAUUGCGAAGUCGAUCUCAGCUGGCUAAACUCUCGCCAAUGAUCGACAAGGACGGACUACUCAGGGUUGGAGGACGCUUGCACCACUCGCAAUUGUCCACAGAGGCGAAACAUCCAGUUUUGCUACCGAAAUCUCAUCGCAUCACCAAGCUGAUACUUGAAUACGAACACAGGGUCAACCUGCACCCUGGCGUCCCAUCACUCUUUGUUAUGCGGCAUCAUACAUCACAACAAAUGAUGGGUGAUCUACCCAGCAUUCGUGUCACUCAGGCACUUCCAUUUGUAAACACUGGAUGUGACUAUGCUGGUCCAAUCCUUCUUAAGGAUGGAAAGGGGCGCAAACCGCUGAAACACAAACGUUUCUCCUUAGCAAAUGAGUAG